AUGGAUGACAAUGGACAAGGCGACUACGGAGGCGACUACGGGAUGGACCAGCACGACCAAGGAAAAGGCAUGAAUCAUGACGAUCAUGGCGGUGACGUGUAUGGCGACCACGACGGGAUGGGUGGCGAUCAGGAUGACAUGGGGGGUGAUCACGACGGCAUGGGUGGUGACCACGAUGGGAUGAUGGGUGUUGAUCACGGUGGCAUGUACGAUGACGGUGGCAUGGAUGACCACGACGGCAUGGGCAUGCACGAUCAGGGCGAUGAGAACGGGUAUCACGAGGGAAUGGGCGAUGAGCACGACGGCGGCAUGGACGGCGACCAUCAACCAGACCACGGGCCACUCUUCCACCCCUACGAAUUGUACAAAGAGCUCCAUACGGCUCAACAGGCCGGGUAUACUGACAUACUGCAACUCCUCCAGCGUAUUGCCCGUUCUCACCCCGACGUCUCGCGGGACGGCGACCUCAUCGAAGCCAUGCAUGUCCUGAACCAGAUCGCGCAUGAUUUCCAGACGCCUGACACGGGGGGCUGGCAGGACGAGCAGUUACAGGAGGAGAUCCACAGGGCGGAGAGUAAACACCAACUGCGCAAUACGAUCUCGUUCUUGUCGCGACUGCACACGGAAGGGAUCGAGUUCAGUUCUGAUGAGCAGUUACAGCAAGCCAUUGAAUCGAUAGGAGAGGUGGUGCAGGGAUAUCAUGGCCAAUGA